GUUAGUAUUAUAUCCCUGUCACGAUCGUUCAUUUCUCUUCUUAUUCUGAGUGGGACACGAGCUCUAACUGAGACUCUUCACACUGUUGCAUCUGGACAAUGGACAGGACGGGUUUUGUCGACUAUCCUUGCAAGUAAGAUCUUGCGAAAGUUUGAAGAUUUACGCUUACAUUUUCUACUGUAUGCCUACGUUGACAUUUGUUUGUUGAAAUGGAUAAACAGUCUCUCGGUCGUGACGCUUGGACACAUUUUGAUGAUGACCAAGAAGUCCUGGGAUCAUCUCUUUCAACGUUUAACGCAUCCACCUUUUUACCACCGCCGCAUGUCACAGGAGCAGUCUUUCAGAAUGCUGUUCCUCGAGUUCCAGGACCUUGGCAGACGUUUAGCACCGGGAGUCCUCCAGAACAGCAAGGCGACCACAAAAUGGAUUUCCACCCCGCCCCUGCUUUCUCAACACCACACCCUCCGCAACAAACCAUUGAUGGACGAACAUGUUUGAGCGGGUCGUUGGAUCCAUGGGCGAUCAGCUCGGAGCAGAACUCAUACUACCUGUCCCAGUUUUUACGACUGCAACCGGACCCAAGGGGCAAGUUGUGUGGUCUUCAUGCGAAGGACUUUUUUGAACUUUCGAAGCUUCCAAACACCGAACUUUCGGAUAUUUGGUAUGCAUUUACUUUGAAAUUUAUGAAUUUUUUACCACCCGUUUGUUAG